CGCAGCAGGAGCCGGGGGGCCCCCGAAGAUGGGGAACACUACCUCGUGCUGCGUGUCGUCCAGCCCGAAGCUGCGGAGGAAUGCUCACUCCCGGCUGGAGUCCUACCGGCCCGACACGGACCUGAGCCGCGAGGACACGGGCUGCAACCUGCAGCACAUCAGCGAUCGGGAGAACAUCGACGAUUUGAACAUGGAAUUCAACCCUUCAGACCAUCCUCGGGCCAGCACAAUAUUCCUCAGUAAAUCUCAAACAGACGUGAGAGAAAAACGCAAGAGCCUCUUCAUUAACCAUCAUCCUCCAGGACAAAUAGCAAGGAAAUACAGCUCCUGCUCCACUAUUUUCCUAGAUGACAGCACAGUCAGUCAACCAAACCUCAAGUAUACAAUUAAAUGUGUAGCUCUUGCAAUAUAUUAUCACAUCAAAAACAGGGACCCAGAUGGAAGGAUGCUCUUAGAUAUUUUUGAUGAAAACCUUCACCCUCUUUCGAAAUCCGAAGUGCCACCAGAUUAUGACAAACACAACCCAGAGCAGAAGCAGAUUUACCGGUUUGUUCGGACGCUGUUCAGUGCUGCUCAGCUGACAGCUGAAUGUGCCAUCGUCACCCUGGUGUACCUUGAAAGACUUCUAACAUAUGCAGAAAUAGAUAUCUGUCCGGCCAACUGGAAGCGAAUUGUUCUUGGGGCGAUUUUGCUGGCCUCCAAGGUAUGGGACGACCAGGCUGUGUGGAAUGUGGAUUACUGCCAGAUCCUGAAAGACAUCACGGUGGAGGACAUGAAUGAGCUAGAGAGACAGUUUCUUGAAUUGCUACAGUUUAACAUCAACGUUCCUUCCAGUGUUUAUGCCAAGUAUUAUUUUGAUCUUCGUUCUCUGGCAGAAGCAAACAACCUGAGCUUUCCCUUGGAGCCCCUGAGCAGGGAGCGGGCUCACAAGCUUGAGGCCAUCUCUCGCCUCUGUGAAGACAAGUACAAGGACCUGAGGCGGUCCACGAGGAAGCGGUCAGCAAGUGCUGACAAUCUGACUCUGCCGAGGUGGUCCCCAGCCAUCAUCUCCUAACAACAGGCGUCCCCAUGGAGGCCCACCAUCCCACACUUUCUCUUUUGGUUUGAGGAAGGGUGGACUUGGGAUGGUUUUGUUUUGUUUUUCUUUCCUUUUUGUUUUUAAUUCAUAGCUUCGUCAGGCUGCCUUGAUGACCAGCCCAUGCAAGGCUUCUAGAGAAGCGAAUCAGUGUUCCAGAAAUCCCGUGUCACGCCUUUCGCCAUCAUCACCAACAGCACUUCCUUCACAGAGGGAAGAAGACUCUCCCCUGGAGGAGGAAAUACGGAGAGAGGGAGGGAAACACAGGCCGGAUGCAGGGGAGACGUCUGCUGCUGGCGUAGUUAGAUGCGUCAGUAGGUGGCAGUUGGGUGCAUAAAGACCACAGCUCACCUCUGUCUGGAUCAGUAUGUUCUGUAAGACUUCUUGCAUUCCUUCUAACUGCUUUAUUGGGAUUUGAGGGAUUUUUGUUUGUUUUUAUUAUCUUUUGGGUUUGGUCCCAUGGAGCAGAGAAUAGUUUGUACCCACCACGGCCCAUCCAAAUAAACAGCACUGGUUGUUUCUCUCUGCACUAUUCCUGCGAGCUGUCUCCUGAGCUUCUUCCUCACAAGUGGGAUGUGUUUGUUCCAUUUCUGUACACCUUGUUUUAUAUUGUUUUUCUCCAACAGUGGCAAAACUGACUUGACCAUAUACUGAACCAAAAGCCUCCCCGUCCCUCCUGUUCCUCACCCCAAGAAAAUUCUAGAUCACAUGGGUGCUUGUGCCUUCGAUUUCCGUGCAGUUGUUUUUUUCCCUCUGAUCUGAAAUUGUGGUUUUGUUGCGACUUGGUGGGCUGAAGCACAGUUGUGUUGCUGGGUGGAGACGUCCCAGGUGCUGGGUGUGUGCCUCAUUUCUCUGUGCCCCCUGCUCAACCAGUUCAUCCCUUACUUCCGUGUCUAUUGUUGCAAGCAAUAUUCUUCUCAACUUUUGUAUGUUUACUUUAAAUCAAAGUUAGUCUAUUUGUAUACAAUUUUUUAAAAACCUAAAAUUGAAAAAAAAAAGGCGGGGGUGGGUAUUCCAGUGGGAAGAUCAUUGAAGAGCAAAAUGUUACUCUUUACUAAGGUAUUUUUCACAGAAUGACAGAAUAAAAAAACUCAACUUGCGUUUUCAUUGUGGGUGCUUAGAGAAGUCACACAAAAUUCCAACUGUGAAGGUUUAUGCAGUUUAUGCUUCAUUCAUUAUGGCGUACCAUUUCCUCUUCUGACUAUCCCUGAUUCCUUAUGGGCUAGAUAAGCUUACCUUUUAUAUAUUAAGUAAAAUAAAAAGGUUAAUGAUAGAAUAUCAGUGAGUAAAUUUGAUAUUAAGUCUCAGAACCUGAGUCAAUGAAGCAUGUAAUGCUUUGGGUUUUUGCAUAUUUUCUUGGGUCCCAAUGACAGUGGUUUCUGAGUUGUUUCCUUUUUCAGGUCUCUGUAAGGUGAAUGCAGAAGAUAAUGUGUGUUUCACCUUCCUCUUGUGUGAGCUUGGAAAACCUGGGACUUUUAACAUUCUUUGUCUUGAGUACCCUAAGAUCAUACCCCCAGUCCCCAGACAUCUGCUCCCCAUGAAAUGUGCUUUAGGAGUGAAAGAGACUCAGAAAAUUGAAAUCGCAAGAACACCAAGUUGAAAGCACUAGUCAGGUUUCCAUAAAAUUUGUAUCCUGUAAACGUAACUGUUUGGGCCAAAAAUACUGUCAAGUUCUUUCUGACCUAAACUUCUAAGGGCAAACAAGCAGAAUAUGACAAGUUAAUUAUCUUCCCAUUGUAAUUGUGUUGAUAUACUCUGUAUGGGUACCAAAAUCUGCUUCUCUCCUCAAGUAAGAGUUGGAUUUAGAACUUUUAAAUAGAGAUCUAAAAAUGUAGAAAAUACCAUUUUAUAUUCCCUAAUCUAUAUCGCUUAAAAAGGGACAUAUUUUCUUAGCUGAAUAUGAAUACCUCUCAAGCAUAAAUUAGUUCUUCUCAUGUAAAGUACCUUAUUUUACUGAUCCAUUUCAGGAAAGAAGUUCUGCCUUUAAAGCAGAAAUCAUAUUUUUAUCCCUUUUAUUUGAACAAGAGAGAUUUGAAAAUUGACUUAUGUAAAUACUUUCAGUGCAUCUGCUAUUAUUUUGUGGAGUUUAUUAAACUACUUUAAAAAAUUGUAUAGUCUAUUUAUUGUACGUAUAUACAUACAGUCUGAUAACUUUUAAGUGGAAUCCAUAAAACCUGGCUCAGUCUUGUUUAGACUAUUGAAUAUUGUUUUAGCCUUGUGCACUUGACUCUACCUCUGUAUAGGAAAAUUCUCCAUAUUCAUUAAGAAGUUUUGAUCUGUAUUGGUUAUGUUUCUUGCACUAAGGAUUUUUACAGUCUGCUGUAAGUGUAGAUUUUAGUUUUCAGUAUGAAUCACUUGACAGAUAGAUAAAUACUUAGGUUUGUUUGACUUUAUUUUUCUACCUGAUGAUGAUGAUUUAUAUUUUGUUCUCUGGUUUGUUCUAAGUUUGCCAAAAGAAAAAAAAAACCAAACCCACCGACCACCAGUACAGUACUUAUUGAUAAAUCGUAGUGACUGUAAUUUGUUUGCAAAGUGAUUCAAUGCCCUACAAUUAAAGUUGGAUUGCUAUUUAGGAA